AUGCUAGCGGUCGCCGACCUCCAGCCCCUCCUGGGCCUCAAGCCGGACGAGGAGACGCUGAAGCUGGCUCUGUCGGCACUGUUUCCCGGCCGCUCGCUUGUUGCAGACACAAAGUCGUAUCCCGACGCAGUGUACCAGAACUACUACUCACUGGGCAUCUCACUCUGCUUCGAGCCCGACGCGUCCAAGGUUAUGCGCUGCGUCACAGUCGACGUGUUCAACAGCCCCACUCCUGGCUCCUCGACGUCUGCAGGCGGACGACCACCAAAGGGCCCAACGUACGACGAAACGUCGCUGCCGCUCGUAUUCGAGUUUGCGGAGAAGGAGAUAGUCCUCCCGCCCCGGCAGGAGGGGGAGAAGGAGAUGCGCCUCCCCCGCGAACCGAGGGUGGAGGUGCGCAAGAAUACGACGGGGAGAGAGAUUGUCAGGAGUUUGGGUGAGCCGAGUCGCAAGGGCUCGGGAAGCUGGGUCGGCGUUUGGCUCGAGUGGAACUCUGUUGGACUCCUGAGGGCUGGAGAGAGAGUGGACGUCGGCGUCAUGCUCGAGCUGAAUGACCCCAAGGGAGCGGACCAGAUGAGCCAGGAGCAGAUGAAGCAGGGUAUGGGCGGGUUGUGGGAUAUGGCGGCCGGAUGGCGGUGGGGUGGGAUCAAGGUGUUCAAGGCUGAGCCCAAGAAGUCUUCAUAG